AUGUUCGCCAAGAUGUGAGUUUUUUUGUUGAAGAAAAUAUUUUUUUGAAAAAUAUUGUUGAAGUUUGAAAUUUUUUUAACCCGUUCUGAGUAUCUGAAAACAGUCUAGAGUCUGUCUGGGAUUUUGAAAGCGAAGCUUUUGGUGAAUGAAAUUAAAUUUCUGACUUUUUAAAGGGUUCAGGAGUAAGUUAAAGAGUUAAAAAAAUCCAUCCUAAGUGAUCUUAAACGGUCUAGAGUCUGUUUAGGACGUUUUGAACGGAGUUUUUGGUAAAUAAAAUAAAAUUUCUGGCUUUUUCAAGGUUCAGGAUCAAUUUUAAGAGUUUAAAAAUCAUCCUAAGUGAUCCCAAGAUUGUCUAGAGCCUGUUAAGGACACUAAAAAAACUUUUUCGAAUUUUUUUCGUUGGAUUAAAUUGAAAUUAUAACUUUUUAAAGGGUCCAGGAUCAAGUUUAAGAGUUUAAAAAUCAUCCUAAGUGAUCUUAAAACCCUCUAGAGUCUGUUUAGGACACUACAAAAAUUUUUUUAACCAAAUUUCUGAAGCCUUUCGUUGGAUUCAAUCAAAAUUAUAAUUUUUUUAAAGGGUCCAGGAUCAAUUUUAAGAGUUCAAAAUUCAUCCUAAGCGCUCAAAAAAACCGUCCAGUCUGUGUGGGAAAUUAUGGAAUUUCUUAAUUUUUUUCUAAUUUUUUUGAAACAUUUCUAAAUGUUCCUGAGCUGUUUUACUUAUUUUUAAGCACUUUUAGGACUUCUCAGAAGCUCGAGAAUAACAAGAAAACCAAGAAAAACGUGACCGAACCAUAUUUCCAGGCUCUUCGUCGCCCUCGUCGCCGCCAUGGCCCUGACCAGCCAGGCCCAGUACGCCUACCCGGCCUACGAAGCCGCCUAUCCGGCCGCCUACUACGGCGGAGCUUACGCCUACCCCGCGUACUACGGAGCCGCUGCGUACCCAGCCUACUACGCCGGAUGGGGAUCCAACAAGGUUUGUCAGGGGCUCCAUAGAUCUCUUGAAAGCUUGUUCAGAAGAUUUUUUCAAGAUUUAUGAUCUCUCAAUUUAGAUCUCCUGAUGGUGUUUUAUUAAAAAUGUUUGGCUCUACUUGAAAGUUUCUCUAAAAUUAGGAAUUUCCGCAAAGUUUUACGUAGACUUCUAUCCACUUAGGAACUCCAGAGUGCUCCCUAAAGGGGCGCCUUAAAGUUCCCCUCUAGGGUUCACUCUACCUCUCCCUACAGGGACCACUUUAGAAGCAACAUUGGAAAAGUUUAUAGACCCCUAUAGGGACCGCUUGAGCUUUAUAGCUGAUUCACGGCUAGCUUGGGACGCUAAGGGGGCGUGUCCUGUCUGCGCUCUCCACGAGCCAGGCGCUAUCUCGGGCAUUAUCGUGUCAGGACCCGUUUUUCGAUGGCUUGAAUCAGCUAUAGAAGGCCCUCACCCCUCUAGGGACCACCUAAACUUUACCCCUUUAGAGGCUACUGUUUGACCCCUCUAGGGGCUGUUUUUACCCUGACCCCUCAAGGGAGCACUCUGUCGUUCCUAAGUUCGAAGAGCGUUAAUAUCAAGUCUAAUUUUUCUUAUCAGCUCAGAAGCUUUCUAGGACCUUACUGAGAUUUUCAAUAAUUCGAACUUCCUAACAAAUCAUGAACUUCAGGGCAACGGCCAACAGCAGCAGCAGCCUCAGCAGGCCUCCUCGACCCUCCUGAACAACCAACAGAAGAAGCUCUAA